AAAAUAAGAUUGAGGCGAGAACGCCAUUUACAAGCCGCGUUUGUACAGCGAGUGCGCGUGUAGUAGAGCCGCCGCAGAGAGAGCGAGGGAGAGCGCGUUCGUGCGUGUGUGUGCGAGAGCGAGAGAGCGCCGCCGCCAAAGCUGCCCAACACAUACACGAAUGCUCAGACACACUUCGGUCGGCAGAAAACAGGCAAUUUUAUACGGGCGAAAAGUUACAAAAAAUAAUUUACCCACUUUUCGGUGGCGAAAACAGUGAAGUUCGCGCAACCCAGACCAGCGAUUCGAGUGCGGAGCAUAGGGAUAGCCUGCGAUAAAACGUGCUAAUCCGGGGCAUAAAACUGGAUAUGCAGAGUGCGGAGUAGCCCGGAAAUGGAGUGCCACUAAGAGCCGGUUCCGUCUGCUCAGCGGGAGAAACAACGCGAAAUAAUAAAGCGGACAACUGCCAUCGUCGGAAGCAUACAAGAAAAAACACAGCAGCAGCAGGAAGAGCGAGAAAAAACAAGAGAACCAUAAAAAGUGCUGGGUAGCAGAGCUCUGGGUCUCGACGGGGACUUGCCAGCAGUGGAGUGCAGUGCCGUGCUCAGGGACAACCGGAAGGAAGCAGCGAGGCAGCAGCAGGCGGCCAAGGAGGAGCAGCAGCAGGACUUCCGCCCCGGCAAGUCGGUGUCCACCUCGGAACUAUCGCCACCGCUCUAGCCGGCAACAUACCAGCCUAACAACAACAUGUAUCCCUCACCGGUGCGCCACCCCGCCGCCGGGGGACCACCUCCUCAGGGUCCAAUCAAGUUCACCAUCGCCGACACACUGGAGCGCAUCAAGGAGGAGUUCAACUUCCUGCAGGCGCAGUACCACAGCAUCAAAUUGGAGUGCGAGAAGCUGUCGAACGAGAAGACGGAGAUGCAGCGCCAUUAUGUUAUGUACUACGAGAUGUCCUAUGGCCUUAACGUGGAGAUGCACAAGCAGACGGAGAUCGCCAAGCGGCUGAACACACUGAUCAACCAGCUACUUCCAUUCCUUCAGGCCGACCACCAGCAGCAAGUGCUGCAGGCGGUGGAGCGGGCGAAGCAGGUGACCAUGCAGGAGCUCAACCUGAUCAUUGGGCAACAGAUCCACGCCCAGCAGGUGCCGGGCGGACCGCCACAGCCGAUGGGAGCACUGAAUCCGUUUGGCGCCCUGGGCGCCACCAUGGGCCUGCCACACGGACCGCAGGGUCUGCUGAACAAACCGCCCGAGCACCACAGGCCGGACAUCAAGCCCACGGGCCUGGAGGGGCCAGCCGCCGCCGAGGAGCGAUUGCGCAAUUCGGUUUCGCCGGCCGAUCGUGAGAAGUACCGCACACGCUCGCCGCUGGACAUCGAGAACGACUCGAAGCGUCGAAAAGAUGAGAAACUGCAAGAGGAUGAAGGCGAGAAAAGCGAUCAAGAUUUAGUCGUAGAUGUUGCAAAUGAAAUGGAAUCCCACUCACCGCGCCCCAACGGCGAGCACGUGUCCAUGGAGGUGCGCGACCGGGAAAGCCUGAACGGCGAGCGCCUGGAGAAGCCCAGCAGUAGUGGCAUCAAGCAGGAACGUCCGCCCUCUCGCUCCGGCUCCAGUUCGUCACGUUCCACACCCAGCCUCAAGACAAAAGAUAUGGAAAAGCCGGGCACACCGGGCGCCAAGGCACGCACACCGACACCGAACGCCGCCGCUCCGGCGCCAGGCGUUAAUCCUAAACAAAUGAUGCCGCAGGGACCACCGCCAGCCGGCUAUCCGGGUGCACCGUAUCAGCGGCCGGCCGAUCCCUACCAGCGUCCACCGUCGGAUCCAGCCUAUGGACGACCGCCACCAAUGCCGUACGAUCCGCACGCGCAUGUGCGAACCAAUGGCAUUCCACAUCCCUCGGCCCUGACGGGUGGAAAGCCUGCUUACUCUUUCCAUAUGAACGGCGAGGGUAGCCUACAGCCGGUGCCCUUCCCGCCGGACGCGCUGGUGGGCGUUGGCAUUCCUCGGCACGCCCGUCAGAUCAACACGCUGUCGCACGGAGAGGUCGUCUGCGCGGUAACCAUCUCCAAUCCCACUAAGUACGUGUACACGGGCGGCAAGGGGUGCGUCAAGGUGUGGGACAUCUCGCAGCCGGGCAACAAGAAUCCCGUCAGCCAGCUGGAUUGCCUGCAGCGCGACAACUACAUCCGCUCGGUGAAGCUGCUGCCCGACGGCCGCACGCUGAUCGUGGGCGGCGAGGCGUCCAACCUGUCCAUCUGGGACCUGGCCAGCCCGACGCCCCGCAUCAAGGCCGAGCUGACAUCGGCGGCGCCCGCCUGCUACGCCCUGGCCAUCAGCCCCGACUCGAAGGUGUGCUUCUCGUGCUGCAGCGACGGCAACAUCGCCGUAUGGGACCUGCACAACGAGAUCCUGGUGCGCCAGUUCCAGGGCCACACGGACGGCGCCUCGUGCAUCGACAUCAGUCCGGACGGCUCCAGGCUGUGGACGGGCGGCCUGGACAACACGGUGCGCUCCUGGGAUCUGCGCGAGGGUCGCCAGCUACAGCAGCACGACUUUAGCUCUCAAAUCUUCUCGCUCGGCUACUGUCCCACAGGUGACUGGCUGGCUGUGGGAAUGGAGAACUCGCAUGUAGAGGUGCUGCACGCAUCGAAACCGGACAAGUAUCAACUGCAUCUGCACGAGAGCUGCGUUCUGUCGCUGCGCUUUGCCGCCUGCGGCAAAUGGUUCGUUUCCACCGGCAAAGACAACCUGCUUAACGCAUGGCGAACACCCUACGGUGCCAGCAUAUUCCAGUCGAAGGAAACAUCAUCCGUACUUAGCUGCGACAUAUCAACUGACGACAAAUACAUUGUGACGGGUUCGGGCGAUAAGAAGGCUACUGUCUACGAAGUUAUUUAUUAAAUCCACAAAACCAAGCAGUUUUUUCAUUUUGUAAUAAGCUCGUAUAGUUUUUAUUACAUCAGAAAACAACACAACAUUUAACUACAACAAGCAAAAUGUUCGAAAUCAUGCAAACAACAGAAAACAGAAAAUCCAGCAAGCAGCAGCAGAAUCGGCAGUUUAAAGCGAAGGAAAACCAGAAAGGCGGCAGUAGCAACGCAUCAAAAAAGCGAAGCAAAAAUGAAAAUUCUAUAAUAUAUAUACAAAAAGGAAAACUAAAAUUUUAAGCGUACUUGUAGCUACUAAGCCUAAGCUAAGUCCAAUAAAUAAAAACAAACCAACAAGUUGAACACACACAAAUUGCAAGUAAAAACGGAGAUAAAACAAGUAAAAAUGAGAACCAGAGCGAAAUAAAAUGCAUGCGAGCAACAGAAACGAGACGAGUAUGUUGUAAAAUUAACGAAACAAAACAAAAUCAUAAACAGAAACAGUCGGCGAUACCUACCUACGUUCAUCUUAACAUAAAACAAAUAGGAGGAUAAGUGGAAUAGUCAUUGCAAUUGCACGAUCAGGAGCAGGAGCGUUGAGAUUAUGAUUACCAGCUGAGCAGAAGAGUUACACACGAUGCGAGUGCUUUUAGUUUGUCCUAUGUGGAGAGGUUUUGUAAUUUAGCUGACGAGUCAGGCAGCGAAUGCAGCAACAAAUGUACUUUUAAGUUGUCACUUUCCUUACCUCCCGACUCCCCGGCACACACACAGCAUACACAACACAACACCACACCACAAAACACAUUGCAUAAAAGAAGGUAUAUAUAUAAAUAUAAAUGAAUAUACUUAGUAAGCAUUUUAGUUAAGAGUUUUACAUUAUAAAUUAAACACGGAACAACUUUUGAAACACUCACUCGCAUUGGGGGUCAGAGGAAAGGCGAUAGAUGGAUAGAGCUCUGAGCAGUCGGCUUUUGCUUGUAAUGUAAUUUGUAAUUUGAAAAUGUGUAAUGAGGACGAUGAGGAAUCGGCGUCGGAGUCGGAAUUACUUGUGUGAAUCAAACUCUUCAGAACCAAACUGUAAAAUCCUAUAUUUUGAGCAGCUAAAACACAACAAGGGACGCAUUGAGAACCGAAACCGAAAAGUAGAACACACAGCUAAAUUGUUUAGUGUUUAGAGUAUAUAUAUAUGAAAACGAAUCGAUUUAUAUAUAAUGCGAACGGCGAAAUUGUAAUAAGCAAGAGAUAGAGUGCAGCACACGCUUCGAUUUUUAAUUUUACAAAUAUUAUUAUUAUUGUGGUUAUAUAUGUAUAUAAUUAUAUUAUAAAUAAUUGAAGCAAAACGAAAAAAUAAAAAAUUAUAUGUAAUCGAAAGUAAA